AUGUCUUCUGCUACAGCUGCUAGGAUCCUCGUGUCGCAUUCAGUAGGCUGCAUUCCGUGGAGAGGUACAUCAAGGUCUCACCGUUCGCUUCGGACCGUCAGGAGGGCUAUCUGGAUACUUGUGGUUCGCGAGGCGCCAAGGUAUACCUGUAAUCAUCCAGCAUGA